AUGGAUGCAGAUGUGAGCUACCCUACGGCUAAGCGGCGAAGAACCUCCCAGAAUUCCUCCGAUUCGCGAUCGAGAUCCGGCUCCAGAACGCCAGCAACGCGUUCGCGUCGAGAUUCGCUGAGACAGCGCAGCAGAUCCUACAGUGGCUCCCGAUCACCUCCACGUCGACAACAGCGGAGCGCCACUGGCUCAUCGGACUACCAUAGCGCGCGAGACUCUCAAGAUGGCGACCAAUAUAAAGACAGAUCAGGCUCGCCUCGUCUCAAUCAUCCACGAGCAUCCACAUCCUCGAGCCGCAGCCUGCGCUUCCUUCCCCUACAGACCCUUCCUCGGGCUCACGCAAGAGGCAUCACCUGCGCAAAAUUCUCGCCGGAUGGCGCCUUGCUCGCGACUGCGUCAGCAGAUGCCACCAUCAACAUCUACUCCGUCCCCACAGAUCCACGGCUACCUUCUACAACCUCACCGAUAAAGCAAGAGCCCGACACCGAGGGUCCUGUCACAACAGCAGGCUUCAAACACAUACGAACGCUCCGCGGCCACCUCGCCGGCAUCAACGCUCUCUCAUGGUCGCCCGUCAGCAACGGCACCACCACCACAACAACCUACUCCGCCGCCGAAGACAAUCAACCCACCCCACCCACGACCUCCUCCAAAUUCUACACCCUAGCCUCCGCCUCCGACGACAAAACCAUCCUCCUCUGGUCGCCCCUCUCCAGCGACACCCCCAUCGCGCCCUCUCCUCUCACCGGCCACUCCAACUACGUCUACUCCCUCGCCUUCUCCCCCAAAGGCAACAUGCUGGUCUCCGGCUCCUACGACGAAGCCGUCUUUCUGUGGGACGUGCGCUCCGGCCGCGCAAUGCGCCAGCUACCUGCGCACUCUGACCCCGUUGGUGGCGUGGACUUUAUCUGCGAUGGCACCAUGGCGUGUUCGUGUUCGACUGAUGGGCUGAUUCGGAUUUGGGAUUCGGGCACAGGGCAGUGUUUGCGGACAUUGGUGGAUGAGGCGCGGAAGGGUGUUACGGGGGUCAUGUUUGCGCCGAAUGGGGGGUAUUUGUUGGCGUGGACGCUCGAUGGGUGUGUGCGGUUGUGGGAUUUUGUGGGCGGGAGGUGUGUUAAGACUUAUCAGGGGCAUGUUAAUAAGGAGUUCAGUUUGGGUGGUGCGGUCGGGACGUAUUUCCCUUCGGUGGUGGAUGAGAGGGGAAGGCAAGGGCAAGGGGCGUUCGUGGCGAGUGGGAGUGAGGAUGGGGAUAUUGUGAUUUGGGAUGUCACGACGAAGGAGACGCUGUGGAGGGGAGAGGGGGCGCAUCGGGACGUGGUGCUUAGUGUAGAUCACUGUACGCCGCAUGCUGUUGAGGGGGCAAGGGGAUUGUUGGUGAGCGUGGGCAAGGACAGAGAUGUGAGGAUCUGGGUUGAGGAUGUGGACGAUGAGGCGGUGCGGAGGCGGCAGGCGGGCCUAGUGGCGUCCAAGAAACAGCAGCAAGACCGGAGCCAAGUCAACGGAAACGGUAACGGCUAUGCAGUGGAUGAGGACGAGGAUUAUAUCAACGCUCAGAUGGUAGAGAUGGGUGGUGAUGGGCAUGAUGGCAUGGAUGUCGAUCACCAUGAUGACCAUCAUGAAGUUAAUGGCCACGAUGGAAUGGAGGAAUGA